AUGAAUAAUACACAUCAGACUUAUCGUAUCAAAAUAACCGGGUUACCACCAAAUAUUGAUAUUUACUACUUGUCAGAUACGUUUCAUAUUCCUCCAGACGUCUGUUGUAAACUCCCUCGUCGUCAGAAUUACGAUGUAUGGCAUGCGUUUAUUGUCGAUAUUAAAGACGAAAAUUAUGCGCGUCAAUUAGUAUCCCGUAUUAUUGAAAAAGCUACUUCUCUACCUAACGGUCGUAUAAUUAAUUGCAAAUAUGAACGAAUUAUACAAGACAAUCACUUAUCUUCAAUCAAUGUAGAGGAUUAUACUCAGAAAAUUCCAAAAGAAUCAGAUAAUGACAGACAAACAGCUACAUUACCUAUACUAAAAAUAAAAGAUGAGUUUGUUAGACGACUAAAACAAUAUAAAAUACUAGUAAUCACAGCCGAAACUGGUAGUGGUAAAACGACUCAGCUCUCACAAUAUGCAGCUGAAAUGUUCAAUGGUCUCAUAGUUUGUACACAACCGCGAGUAAUGGCUGCCAUUUCAAUAGCUAAAUGUGUGGCUCAUGAAUAUGAUGGUGGCAAUAUCGGUAUGUCAGUUGGAUAUCAAGUAGGAGGCCGUCAAAACGGUAUUCUUGGUAAGAAAAUAAUGUUUAUGACUGAUUCAGCUGUUAUACGUAAGACACAAGAAGAUAAUUUAAAUGAUGUCACUGUUUUAAUUAUUGAUGAAGCUCAUGAACGCUCAUUAAAUACGGAUAUUGUUUUGGGUAUAGCUAAAUUAAUUUGUCAGCGACGACCAGAUGAUUUUCAUGUAGUAAUUGCUUCAGCCACUAUUAAACAUGAAAUUUUUUUGAAAUUUUUUAAUUGUGAUGAGAAAACUCAGUUUCUGACCGUACCUGGAAAACCACAUUUAGUUACUUCGGAGAAUAUUCCUGCAUCAUUAGAGUUGAAAGAAGACGAGUUGAUUCGAAAUCAUUUAAUACCUUUAGUUCUGAAAACUAUAAACACAUAUAAGGAAGGGCAUACACUAGUAUUUCUAUCGGGUCAAAGAGAAAUUGAGUUAGCAAUCAGAGAGUUUAAAAAGAGUAUACCCCAUAAUUGUAUAGCUUUACCCCUUUAUGGAUCUUUAUCUCCAGAAGAACAGGAUAAAGUAUUACAGUAUAAUUCAAAAGAGAGAAUGAUUGUCUUUUGUACAAAUGUAGCUGAAACUUCAUUGACUGUGCCCAAUGUUCGAUUGAUUAUUGAUAGUGGUUUGGCAAAAGAAGCACAUUUUGAUGUUCUUCGUCGAUUAAACGUUAUAGAAUUAGUUCGCAUUUCAAAAUCAUCAGCUGAACAACGUCGUGGAAGAGCAGGACGUACAUCAACAGGUCAUUGUAUUCGUUUAUUCUCAGACGAAGAACUUGUACGUGAUAAUAUUGAGCCAGAAAUACUUCGUUUAUCACUAGAUCAGAUUGUUCUUCAACUGAUUAGAUUAGAUCAGGAUCCACUUAAGUUUUAUUAUGUUACAACCCCAAAACGUGGAAAAUUAUUCACAAAACUUUGUUUUGAUCCACGUCUAAGUUCAUUCAUUCUUGAUGCAGAUGAAAAGUAUAACAGAUUAUAUCUGGCUACGACUAUAGCAGCUAUUCUAUCGGCACCUGGUAGUAUUUUUUAUUUCGGUAGCCAAGAUAGAAAUGAAGUAAAAGCACGUAUUGCAAGUGGAGCUAUUGAAUAUGAUAGUGAUUUGAUGUAUUUAAAUGAGGUGUAUAAAUCAUGGAAAGAAGCACGAAAUUGUGUUGGUUGUAAACAAAAAACUAUUAAUGAUGGUAGUUGUCGAUCAUGUGGAGUUGAGUUCAGUUUAAAAAAAGGAUUAAAUAAUAAAUUAUUGGAAAUAAUUAAGAAAACUUACGAUUCUACUAUUGAAAUAAUUGGCAGAGGACGAACAAGAAAUAUUCAACAUACUAAAAGUGAUUUCGAUGUGAUUGGUGAAUGUUUAAGUCAAGCAUUUCCCGAACAAAUCGGUCAUGUUCUUGUACCUCAUUUACCUGAUCAUGGUGUUCGAUUGAUUUACAGUAAUACGCGAGCUCGCAUUUCAGAUACUUCGGCUUUUCUUCAACGAAUUAGAUCUCAGCCAUUUCAUACAUUUAUUAGUAUGACUAUUACAAUACUUCCAUUUAAUGAUUGUAUAGUGGAACGUCUUCAUCCUUUAUCCGGACCCCCGUCGUUGAAGGAAGGGGAGGAAAUUGUUCCAGUGUAUUCAACAGAAAAUGUCGGUAGUGAAUUUAAUAAUCGUAUCAAGUGUGUAUUUGACGACUAUUUUAAACUUGAAGAUUAUUUAAAAUGGUCUGUGUACGAGUAUAUUAAUUUACAAAAUCGCCUUGUAAUUCAUGGAAGAACAAGAGAUAAAGCAGAAAUUCAUCGGUUAAUGUCCAGAAUAUGCUCAGAAAUUCAUCAACAGUUACUCAGUGACGGUCGGAAAAAAACGCUAGCUAAUGGAAGAAUAACAGCAACGUUCAAAAGUGGUUUGAAUGUAGUCACAUUGGAUGAUGUUCAUGAAAAAUAUCAUCUCAUUCUGUACAAUAUUCCACCAAAGUCAGAAAAAGAUUUUCAACAAUGGAUAAUUUCACUUAAUCUUAGUUUUGAGGAUAUAUCGGAGUACCAUUUCCAAGAAGAGACAUCUCUAGUAUUCACAUCUGAAGAGGCUCUUAGAAGAGCAAGUGUCUACCUGAAGUCAUAUUUACAACCUCAACCCAUAUACAAGAGACAACUCUGCCUAGUAACACCAAAAAAUGUGACAAGAUACAAAGUGGAACAAACGCUACAAAAGUGCAAAAAUAUUCAACAUUUAUACAGUAAUAAAGGGAGUUAUAAACUAUUUAUCAAAAAUUUUCCAGUAGAUCAAACUAUCGAUUCACUUCGCCAAUUAUUUAGAGUGUGUGCAAGUGAUCUCAUUGAUAAUAAUACAAAAUUUGAACUUUUACAAAAUGAGAGAACCGCUAUUAUUUCAUUUUCACACAUCUCUAAAAGAGAUGAAGCAGUGGGUAUAUUGAAGGUGAAUUAUGUCCACGUUGAUUCCGAUCCAAAAGAUGAUACAGAGGGCUUUGAGAAAUUUUUGUUGACAUAUGAAACUUUUCAAGAGGCUAUAGAUGCUUUUCGAACCCAACUCUCUGAUUCAUCAUGGCGUUUAAAUGGAUAUUCUAAUAUUAUUGUAACUCAUCGUGAGUUAUUUAAUAAUUUUGAGGAAUUGUUAGAGAAAAUAUGUGAAAAAGUGGAACUAGCAUAUCGAAUUGAAAACACAUCACACGUUAUAUUUGAAAAUGGUGGUCCAAAGGAAACAGCACAGGCUGUUGAUCAACUUCUUCAUGUAAUGUCACCAUUAAAACUUGAAUCGUCAAGCGAAAGACAAUUUUACUUAUUACAAGAAGUGUAUGAUAAGCCGGUGUUUGGUUGGUGGACUAAACAGUUGGAUUUACAAUAUAAACUGCUAAAUAGAAGUCAUAAUUUUAUUGAAAUUGUAGUAUACGGUCGACAUGAGAAACAAGGUGAACUGAUAAGAUUUCUCGGAGAGUAUUCUGUAGAAUUUGAUAAACGUUUUCAUUUAAUUCCAGUUGAUCUAGCUACUUCUAAUAUACUGCGUAAAAAUCGAGCUGGUAAUGAAAAACUUGUUGAAUUACAGAAAAAAUGGUCAGAAAACAAUUGUUCUAUUACAUAUUUAUACACAACGAAACAAAUCCGAGUUUAUGGAUCUAAUGUAGCUCAAGUAGCACUUUGUGUUCACGAAGUAAACAAUUUACUUGAAGAAUUAGGUUCAUCUCUGACAAAAUUUACCUGCGAUUUUUGCCAUACUGAAAAUUCUUCUACUGAAUCAUUCCUGAUUUGUGGUCAUCACUACUGUAAAUGUAUAAUAGGAAAUAUUGAUUCAAUUUUUCCGAUUAAAUGUCGAAAAUGCAAUGAUCAUAUUCAUAUUAAAGAUUUAGAGAAAAUAAUUUAUAACAUUAAUGAAUUUGAACAGUUAUGCAAAAAAUCAUUGCAAUAUUAUCUUGAGAGUGAUCAAAAUGAAAAACGGACGUUCUGCUUGUAUGAGGGUUGUUCAGGUCUAAUAGAGAAAAAUGCAGGAUAUUACAGUUGUUCAACAUGUAAUCAUAUGGUUUGUGUCAAUUGUAAAGUAACUGAUCAAGAAGAACAUGAAGGUAAAAGUUGUUCUGAUUAUAUUCGAUCAAUAACAAUGCAAGGUUCAUUUGUUGAACAGGUUCUGUCAGCUGGAGAAAAGUUUAUUAGAGAAGAUUGGUCAAUAGAUCUACCACCUAUACAGAGGAUUUAUCCAAAUCCUUAUUUGAAACGAGGUUGUCCAGGUUUUGAACGUUUUCUAAAUGCUAUACUUAUUUCAAAUAUUAAAAGUAUUUCAAUUGCUAACGGCAUUUUUGCUUAUCAUGCAACGAGUGAAACAGCUCUCGAUUCAAUUUGUUUCAACAGUUUUAAUCCAAAACUAAGAUAUGUACAAUUACAUGGACCAGGUGAAUAUUUUGGUUUAUCAGCAGCAAUUUCUAGAGCUUAUUCAAAAGAUGAAAAUCCAAAUAAAAUGAUUGUUGUAUGGUUAUUAAAAUGUGAACGUUUAAAAAAAAUUCCUGGCUCCUCCUAUCUAAUGAAUAAUCCUGUUGAUUGGUCUCAUACAUUCGCUAUUGCAGUGAGUAUUGUUACCUAUGGUAAAGAGACGAAUAUUCCAGCUCCUAUAUUCAGCCAGAUAAUACCAGAUAAUUUCACUACCGAUAUAGUUAGUUUAUGGAAAGCACCUUAUCGCUGGCAUUGGACAGAUGAUCAUCACUGUUUGAUUCCUUAUGAUGACCGUAUAAAUUCAUUUCUUGAGCACAAUUAUGAUAAAUAUCGACUUCAUACAGCUGGAGUAGUAUGUAUCACACCUCCAUUAAUACGUUUCUCGGAUGAUCAGCCCCGAACGUACGAGAUUAAUUUUAGGAAUAGUGAACAAAUAAGCAAAAUAAAUAAACGAAGACGUCGAAUUGAGAGAAAACGCGCAGAAAUCAGAAGUACUAAGAGUUCUUCUUGGUCUUAUUUAGAUGAAAAAUAUAUUUGGUGUGAGUAUGAUUCAGCUGUACAGGAUAGGAUUGAACGUUAUUAUAAAAGAUAUUGUGCAGGGGCAGACUGGAGUAGUGUGAAAAUGAGGAUUCCAGGACGAUCAGAAAUAUAUGAGAUUAAUUUUGUAUUAGGAGCACAGAUUAAUUUAGCGACAAAUGUAUCAAAGCCUAUUAAACCUCAACUACUUCUUGAAACAAUGACUAUUGCUGGUAUUAAUCGUAUUGAAUCGAAUAAUGAUUCAGCUUUGGCCGUGGCAGAACGUAAUGGUCACACUCAACUUGUUCGAAUUUUAUGUGAAAAAACAGCUGAAACCGAAGAUCAAUCUCAUCUUCCCGAUACUUCACCCACAGAAUGGACAAUAGCACAGGAGCACAACGAAAGACGUGCCUUCGAGCGCAGACGUGAGCUUAAAUAUGAAAUCGAAUCAGAUGAUGAAUUUAUUAUGUUUAUUGAUCGAAUAAAAAGAUGGUAUAUUGAAAAACUUCUUGCUAAUUCUGAGCAAAAACGAAAAAUACGAGAGUAUAUAAUAACAGCAUAUACAUAUAAACCUGAUUUUUAUAGAAUAUUAAAUACUCAACUAUCCCGAGAACAUUUUAAUUACGAUUCUAAUGAUGAAAAAAGUCAAUGUGUGCGCAACUAUAUUCUUACACUAUUAAUAAAUCAUCCAAAAUUAAGGGAAGGUCAUGGAGAGCUAGAAGUGGUCGUAUUCAAAACAUAUCGUGGUAUGUAUAUGACAGACCAUGAUUUUAAUCAAUAUAAAGUUGGUAUAUGUAUAUUAUAUAAAUCAUUUUUAUCAACAACAAAAGAAGAAGCUGUGGCACUUCGAUUUAUUUGUCAGCCAAAUUUUAAAUUACGCGUUAUUUGUACAUUUAUUAUUCGAAAUCAACAAACAGCACUUGAUAUUGAGAAAAUAUCCGCAUAUUCAGGUGAAAAAGAAGUAUUAAUACUGCCAUAUUCAGUAUGGGAAGUACGAAAUAUCCGACAAAUGCACCGAAUAGAAAUUGAACUUGAAGAAUGUGAAACUCAGCGAAUUUCUAUCACUGAAUAA